UGUGCAGUAAGACGGUUCAUCUUGCAUCUACAUUCACCGAUCAAAUAAACCAGAACUUGAACACAAAUGUUGUGACAGUAGUUGGACAGUGGACUUGAGCGAAUUGCCGUGAUCUCCGGAGAGUUGGAAAUAACAUUGCGAUUAACGUUAGCUAUUCGAGUGAUUUCGGAGGUGAAGAGCCUUCUGACAUAUCUUAACCUCGUUUACAACCAGUGAACUGAUAGUGCGACUGAAUUGAAUUGUGUGAAAGUAGGAGAGGCAUUGCGCACGUAUGAAAACAUUGACUGGAAAACCCCAGCGUUUUUCCUGAGAAAUUAUAUCGAACCUCUGUUGGUACUCUUCCAGGAUUUUAUUAAAAUUCAAAUAAAAAACCGAUUUUUAUUGAAAAUUAUGCAUCUUUGCAGUGCGAUUUUGUUAUAGAUGUGUUGGACAUAAAUAGAAUUUCACAGAAUUUGUUGGGGGAAGAGCUAGAUGAACAGUUUCAUUGAUUGUAUUAGGAUGGAAUUGCCCUGUAUUUGCCUUCUGGCAGUUAUCCAAUUAUCUCAUCAGUGGUCCACACCCGAGGCGGAUACGUACAGAGCAGCUGUUGUUGAAUUUAACCCGCAAGUUUCAAAUACCAAUAGUUCGCCAAUUGAUGCAAAUAGUAGAAGAUAUGUGAGCUUCAUCCAACGGGCUGCCGCUUCGGAAGUCGAUAUAAUAGUAUUCCCCGAGGAUGGUCUGACUACUCUGGACUUACCGGGGCGAGAAGCAAUGGAGCCUUGGUCAACACUCAUCCCAGUUGAUUACAAUCCCUGCAUGCGGAAUGACACAGCUGUUCACAAAGCACUGAAGAGAAUAUCGUGUGCAGCGAGGGAGGGUAAGAUGUACGUUGUCAUCAAUAUUGCUGAGAAAUUGCCCUGUGAUGGUGAACGAUGCCCUGAAGAUGGAAAAUUUCUCUUCAACUGCCAAGCUGUUUUCGAUCGUGAUGGAAAAAUAAUAGCAAAAUAUCGGAAAACCCAUCUGUUCGACGAGUCCCAAUUCGACAUUCUCCAAAGCCCGGAAGUAGUAACAUUUGAUACAGACUUCAACGUUACAUUCGGAACAUUCAUCUGCUUCGACAUGCUGUUCAAAGAGCCUGCCCUGAACCUCACGAGAAUUCACCACGUAACGGACAUCGUCUAUUCGACCGCGUGGUUCUCCGAGCUGCCUUUUCUAACAGCGAUCCAAGCGCAGUCCGAAUGGGCGUACUCCGAGGACGUCAAUUUCCUCGCGUCAGGAUACAACAGACCCCACUUGGCAAGUUUUGGAAGUGGAAUAUACCUAGGAAAGAAGGGAAUUGCAAAAGCGACAAUAGGCGCGAGGGGUGAUGAGCUCCUCAUCGCGGACGUGCCGAAGAAGUCUCGGAAACUCCUGACAGAAAGCAUCCGAGCGUCACUGCGCAGGGAAUUCCCAGUGAAAACCACUGAACCAAGACACGACGAAUUGAGAAGAAAACGGUCUGAGCAAACGGAAUUGGGAGUGGAACGUGAUUCCAAUUCACCAAGCGAUUUCAACCUCUGGCAAGACCCUGGCCUUCCGACGUAUGAAACACGUCCCAUCAACUCGAUAAUCAGGCAGGAGAAACUCUGCCAAAGAGACUUUUGCUGUGACUUCACAGUUGAAACAUCGAGAGUCGAUUCGAGCACGAGAUACAGACUGACGGUGGUGGAUGGCAUCAGGACAUUUGUGCAUCACACCACCAUCGGAUAUCAAGCCUGUGGGGUGGUUCUCUGCGGUAACGACUCCAUCAACAGUUGUGGACUGCGAAUGAACUCGGAAACUACAUUCACCUCGGUGAAAAUCACCGCAACUUUCGUCAAUCUAGAGAAUCUUCUGAUAUUCCCAAACUCGGUUAACUCAUCGCUCAUGCCACUCGACUGGACGUACAGUGAGAAAAUCGAGGGUGAUGAGGUGCACAUCGAGGCUGUUCUCAAUGAACGCGCUAAGAACGUGCAGACACUGGGUCUCUACGCGAGAAAAUUCGAGAGGGAUGUGCGUCCACCCCCAAGAGCACUAAGAAAUACCUCGUGGUCAGUAGCUGUAGCAGUCCAGACUUUGCUUUUUGUCCUUCUUCUGGUAGCCUCGGCGGCUCUCCUAUGGUACUACAAGUGUAGUGGUUACAAACGCGGAAAUGAAGUGACGAAAGAUUUCCAGCAGAUAAAUAAUUAGUCCCUAUAAGCACGUCUGAUGAAGACCGACCUUGGAUACUUCAAAAAACCUCAAGAAUAAAAGUCUGAUUCAAUAUUCUCAUAGUUCAUGUAUUUCUCCAUAAUUCUCAAUUUACAAUCGACAUAAUUAAAAUACAUUGUAUAUUUCAACCAACUGAAACAAUCGAUAACUCGUGUAUAAUCGAGUGUGCUUUUAAGUAAACAGUAAAGAUAAGCCUAAUCGGAAUGUUAGGCCAUCUGCAAUAAAACUGCACUAUCUGCAAUUCUGCGGAAAUUUAAAAAUAUAUAUAUUCAUCCAUUUUUUUACCCUUGGUGCAUUAUCAAUUCGAUUGAUUCUGGGUGCAGGCGUAUUAAAAAUAUAUGAUUGUAGCAUUUUGUUAAACUAUCCAUUGCAACUCGUUAAACAUUUCAUCAAAGCACAAUUCAAAAUGAAGAAAAAAGAAGAUUGAAUCUUCAAUCGUAACACGUGUAUACAAUUUGAUAUGCAAAUGUACUACUCAUCAACUCUGAGAUUGUAACUGAAACUAUAAAAUAUUAAAUUGUUGAAACUGAAAACAGAGAGAGGUGGUCAACGUUAUUGUCUAUCAUAUAGUUCACACGAGGUUCAAGAUCAUUUAUCACCACUCAACGAUCAACCAAGCAAUUCACUAUUAUUCGAAGAGACAUAGGCUAUGAUUCGUCUGUUAGGUAAUCUUUGGAAGCACGUAAAAACAAGUGUACAUUUUUUAUCUUCAACCACGUUGAUGAUACUAAUAGGAUUAAAAUUUCCUCAUUACCUCAAAGGGAUAAUAUUUAUUACAUCUAAGAACACCAUUGAAAUUCCAUCAUCAAGUUGACAGACAAUUCUGGAGAUAGCAUUCGUAUCGGUGGGUUCAAAACAUCACUCUCUCAUGAUACCGAUGACGCACAUAAAUUCAAUGAUAAUAAAUUUGAAAAAAAAAGAGAAACAAUGUUGGUCCCAUCGACAAUCCCAUUCACUCCAUAAAUUCCAAAAAGUCUCAAGAAUAAAAUAAAAACGUGCAGUGCUCCAGAUACCGUUAAGUACGAAAAUACCAUGAUUUCGUAUUAUUGGCAAGCAACGACUAUCCAUCGAAACAUUUAACAAUAAAAAUAAACAUUUAGAAUACAA